UAUACAAAUCAUUCCCCGUUCAUCUGCGUUUAUCGCCUUGGAAGAUAUUUUCUUGCGUCGAGGAGAUGAUGGCAGCUCAGAAAGAAUCAUGAUUUCAACAGCUUUUCCUUUCUUUAGUCGGAAUUUUACUUCAUUGUAUGGUAAACAUCAAUGGGGUAAUAUCAUUCCAAAAGACAUUCCAAAAGUAUAAGCCAAAAACGUUUCCACUUGCUGGCAGUACUAUAAUUGCUCCAUUCUGGGCUGACGUUAGUACAAACAAGGGAGGUGCUAUAUGGUACAGACAAACCACUUGCAAAGAUGUCUUGAAAGUGGCAUCACUCGACAUAAGAAAGGCUUUCCCAGAAUUCCAAUACUUCUCGGCAAUAUGGAUGUUUGUUGCCACUUGGGAGCAAGUAAACUUUUAUGGAAGUAAAAAUAAGAAUAUCACCAACACAUUCCAGUCAGUAUUGCUAACCGAUGGCCGCUACUCGUUUGUUCGUUUUAAUUACCAAAACAUCGCAUGGACUUCAGGGACAGAAAGUGGAGGCAACGCUAGUAAUGGCCUUGGAGGAACUGAAGCAGGGUGUGGGUUCAACGCAGGAUUUGGUAACUAUUCCUACAGCUUAACUGUUAAUGCUUAUAGAAACAUUAGUGUACUGGAUCUCACAGUCGAUUCAAAUGUCAAAAAACCAGGAGUGUGGAUGUUCAGGACAGACGGCAUCACUAUACAAGAAGGACAAUUAAACGAUGGUAUUGCAAAAGACGAAGAGAAUGAAGAAAAACCGAAAGGUGAAAUUUUUGAGAUGAAAUAUCCAAUAAGUUACAAUAAAUUGUCAAAGAGCAGCGCACGCGCUUUUUCAAUUCAAGUUUGUGCUUUAAUUUGAUACAAUUAGAGUGAUAGAUACAGAGAUAGCUAGUUACAGGAAAGAUAGAGAAGGGCAGACUAGUGCAGUGAUUUUUCCAUGAGCGAUUAAGAAACUCAUAUUCCACAGAACAAAAAGUAAAGUGUGAUAUCGCCAUCAUUCCUGUGGGAUUGUAGGUACAAUUUUGUGGAUCAGAUAAUCAUAUAUUUGCGCGUUUAAUUUGCUAUGGGCAUUUCCUAUUUAGAAUAAUGCUUGUUUGUUCAGUCUCUCAAUAUGCUUGCUAUUGUUGUUGUUGAUGCAAAAGGAUACAUCUCAAGUGACGCUACCACACAUUGAAUUGAAGAGGUAAGUCUUCUGAAUUAUUUUCAUGACAUAACUCUGAAGUUGCUUAACUACAACUUGAGUUUCUAAAGCUCAUCAAGACAGACGAAUCAGUAUCAAUGUGAUGACUGCGAUUUCGGAGAAGCUGAGUUAAUUACAUAUAGCAGAGCGAUUCUGAAUUCUGUAUUGGCAUUGACCAAAUAAGGUAGUAAAUCAAAGUUCAAUUCCAAACAGCUCAGAAUAGACUGGGAUCUAUCCUUCCAACAUAUAUCUCUGAAUACAACAUCGAAUCAAUCAGUUGAACUGUCAAAAGCGAUGAGAAACAUGGCAGCGUCGUUGUCAUUUCUUGUCAUGAUCAUACAAAUUAGUAUCCUCUUAAGCAAAUCUGCGUCUGUUGCCUUGGAUGAUUUCACUCCAUUUGGUGAAGACAAUGGUGAUGUUUUGAUGCACCGUGAGCUUGAUGCAGUUUCAGGCAAAAUCAAUAUUACUACAGCUUUUCCUUUCUUUGGUCGAAAGUUUACUUCCUUGUAUGUGAGCAGCCAUGGAUUGAUAUCACUCGAAAAAGCAUUUGCAAAAUAUGUACCACAACAGUUUCCUCUUUCUGAUAUGGUUACUAUAAUAGCUCCAUACUGGGCAGAUGUUGCACAAAGGAGUAAAGGUGGUAUAUGGUACAGACAAAACUCCACUAAACAUCUACUAGAAGUUGCAUCAAUCGAUGUUAGAAAUGCUUUCCUAGAAUUCCAACACUUCUCGGCAAUAUGGAUGUUUGUUACUACUUGGGAGAAAGUAACAUUCUAUCAAAGUACCAACAAGAACAUCACCAACACUUUCCAGUUGAUACUGCUGACCGAUGGCCUCUAUUCGUUUGUUCGUUUUAACUACCAGGAAAUUUCAUGGACUUCAGCGACAACAAGUGGAGGCAACUCCAGAAAUGGCCUUGGUGGAAAUGAAGCAGGGUGUGGAUUCAACGCUGGAUAUGGUAACUAUUUCUACAACGUAUCUUGGAAUAGCUUUCGAAAUAUAAGAGUACUGGAUCUCCCAUUCAAAACAAAUGUUGGUGAACCAGGAGUGUGGAUGUUCAGGACAGACGGCAUCACAAUACAAGAACCAACAGGACGAAUCACAAAAGACGUUAUCCUUGUCACGCUACGCGAUAACGGCUGAUAGUAUUACUAUCUAGAGUGGUAAAAAAAGAAAAAAGAAAAAAGAAAAAGAAAUUUUGGAGUGUCGUUUGAAACAAACAAAAAAAUAUAUGCAAUUUCAUGAAAAGUUGAGAUCUCAAAAUCAACUUAAAGGAUUAUACAGCUAUACCAUGAUAAGGUACAUAUAGACCACUUGCCAUGACCACGUUCAAAAAAGGUAAGACUUGACUUACAAGUAAAGAUAAAAUCUAUUUCUAACUUUUAAGUUUUGUAUUUUUCAGUGCAUCUCAAACGAAUGUUGCAUGACGUAGUAUUGGUUGGUAAUCAAUUGUCAUUUUAUAGGUUGAACAAUUCAUAAAUAUUUUGUAGCAUUUUGUUGCUUGUGCAUUUUUGAAAAGAACAUUAAAUACAUGAGAUUUUUAUGUAGGUGGAUUACUUUGUUUUAAAACCAGAACUAUCCGUUAUCUGGUCUCUAUCUACAUUUUUCGCAUUUGUGGUAUUUGCUUUAGUGAACAGGAAGCCCGAAAAAAUGGUAGGCUGCGAAGGAGACUAUAUUUGAUUUCCCCUCUCCAAAAAUAGACAAUAAACACCAGCCAUAUUUUGACACACAAUACGUGACAUUUCUAAUGGACAUUUAUUACAGCAUAAAGUCCUCCAUACUCUAAUACUCUAUUGAUAUAUUUUGUAUUUACCAGGUGACCAUCAAUGGAAUAAAUAUUAAUCCAGAAAUAAUUUGUAAGUUUUAGGUCUAAACCGUUUCCUCUUGAUGGUCAUGCUAUAAUUGCUCCAUUCUGGGCUGAUGUUGAUAAGGGAGGUGAUAUAUGGUACAGACAAAACACUACCACGCACAUAUUAGAAGUGGCAUCACUCGACGUAAGAAAGGCCUUCCCAGACUUCCACCGAUUCUCUGCAAUAUGGAUGUUUGUUGCAACAUGGAAACAAGAAUGAGAAUAUCACCAACACCUUUCAGACGGCAUUGCUAACCGAUGGCCGCUAUGCGUUUGUUCGCUUUACAUACCAUAACAUCACAUGGACUUCAGCGAAAUCAAGCGGAGGAAACCCCAAAUGCGGCCUUGUGUGGUUUCAACGCUGGAUUUGGUAGCUAUUACUACGACAUAACUCGUAAUGGUUAUCGAAACAUUAGUGUACUGGAUCUCUGUGUCGAAUCAAAUGUCAACAAAACACGAUUGUGGUUGUUCAGGACAGACGGCAUCACUGAAUACAGGAAGGACAUUGAUCCGGUCAUCUCUUUGAGUUAUAAGUUCCGAAUCACAAAUGAUAAUCAAAAUUAAUAUAUGUUUUUUUGCCUUUUGAUUUAGGGCUGUAUAAUUUUGAAACUAGAAUAUAAAAAUACUUUUAUAUCUCUAA